AUGUCAGCCUCCAAGGCAGUGGACUGUCUGCUGGACUCCAAGUGGGCCAAGGCCAAGAAGGGAGAGGAGGCUGUAUUCACCACAAGAGACUCUGUGGUGGACUACUGCAAUAGGUGGGACCCACUUACCUUCAACAACAUACCACACUAGACUAACUAAUAUCACUACCACGCUACACCACAUUAUGCCUAUACACUAGACUAUUUACUGUUAACUACCACCCUUCACUGACUUCCCUAACACUGCACUAGACUAACUACCACCCUACACACUAGAGUAACUAUCUACCACACUGUUUCUCCUCUCCUUGUUCAGGCUGCUGAAGAAGCAGUUCUUCCACCGCGCUCUGAAAGUCAUGAAGAAGAAGCCCGAGAAGGACAUCAAGAAAGAAAAAGAGAAAGAAAAGGCUAAGGGCGACAGCGGCAAGGAGGAGGAGAAGAAGGGGAAGAAGAAGGAUUCCAAGGAUGCCGAGGCUUCAGACGCAAAGAAGGAGAGGAGUGUAAGUCAAUUGGGUGAAUAUGUAGGCCAUAAGCAUGUUGUAGUUGAUACAUCUUAGACCACUGAAGCAGUCUCGUCAUAGACAUAGAUCAAUCAUAUUUCUAUAAAGGCCAUGGGUCUGAUCAUGCUGUGUCUUUUUGUUCAGGACGAUAGCCCCGAAAUGCCAAAGAAGAAAAAAGACGCAAAGAAGAAGUUUAAACUGGAGCCUCAUGAGGACCAGCUCUUCCUGGAUGGGAAUGAGGUGAGUUGGAACACAGGGAAACCUGGGAAAACAGGCUCCAACUCUCCAAAGAUUAGGAUAGGGAAAUAUGAAAGCAGGAAUUUCUGGAAAAGUGAGCAUGUUUCAGUUGACAUGUAGAUGAGUACCUCUUUAGUCAGAGGGAUUUGUAAUAUCCGCUUUGAAAGAAAGUGUACAGUUUGAGCGUUUUCGUAUGUACAUGAAUUCAGCACCUUGGUGUUCGUGUUUCCCUGUGGCAUUUGAGAGAAUUCCAAGAAAAGGUUAUUUCACAAAAUAACUGAGGGUGCACUUUACGAGACAAAUUCUCCAUGACGUGUCAUGACGAGACCCAAAUUCUUUGUGGCGUCAGUUUGCUAGGCUAGCUUUUUUUCAUAUGAUGGCAGACGGUUCAAUGUGAGUUGCACUGACUUCACCAUGUUAUAUGGGAAAACAGUGAAUCGCUGUGAAUUCAGCAAUUGACUGAUUUAGCCAAAUAAAAAAAGAUUUAAGGUGAAAUGUAAAAUUGACAUUUACUCCACUUUCCAGGUGUUUGUUUGGAUCUAUGAUCCAGUCCAUUUUAAAUCAUUUGCCAUGGGACUGAUUCUGGGUGAGUGGCAUUGUGAUAAUUACCUAGAAUAUGACAUUUUCAACACAAAUGACUGAACUACAACUGAUUUGGUAAAGAAGAGAAUAAGACUGAUUAUUUUCCGCUGUACUAAGGCGUGUCUGUUUCUGUGUUUACAGUAAUUGCAGUGAUAGCGGCCACUCUUUUCCCACUGUGGCCGGCUGAGAUGCGUGUGGGUGUGUACUAUUUGAGCGUGGCAGCAGGCUGUUUCGUGGCCAGUAUACUGCUGUUAGCUGUUGGUAAGUGGCUGAAAGAAAACACGCCGUCUGCAUCAGCAGUUUCUCUUGUUAUGUCAGUCACUCAAUUACCCCACAAAAAACAAUGAAGUGUUAAAUCAACAUUGAAAGUGAUGAGUAUGUGGACCCAUAUAGACACUGGAAGAGUGUUAAAUUAAUACACUGAUUAGUGGAAAGCCUUAUUCAAAUAUUUACCAGAGUGCCUUGCCUUUCGAGUAAAUUGUAGAGCUACCACUCAUGACUGUAUUUGUUGGUGACACAGACAUGGUUGUUGCAUUCAUCAAUUUAUUGUGUCCUAUGGACGUCACCAAGUGAGAUCCUAAGCAAAUAUGUUAUCAUAAUUCUUUUUUUUUUUUUUUUUUUACAUAAUAUCAUACUUCACUUUGAACCAAAACCACACCCAUCAUUAUCAUAUUUCCCAGAAAGCUCUAUUGCAGGUAGGUUUUUAAAAAUUGUUUCAUUAUCUGUUUGUUGAUUGAUUAAUUAAUUUUAUGCCACUCAAAUAUAAAUUGCAAACAUUUUUGAAACUAUUCCAAUAUGUUACUUGGACUUAUUGCACCCGUUACUGAAAUGGUUGUUCCAGUUUAGAUGCUUUAGGUUGUCUCAUAGCUUAGUCUUCCCAACCAUUUACAUUUUUUACAUUUUAGUCAUUUAGCAGAUGCUCUUAUCCAGAGCGACUUACAGGAGCAAUUAGGGUUAAGUGCCUUGCUUAAGGGCACAUCGACAGAUUUUUCACCUAGUCGGCUCGGGGAUUAGAACCAGCGACCUUUCGGUUACUGGCACAACGCUCUUACCCACUAAGCUACCUGCCGCCCUGGCAUUCAUUCUGAAUACUGGUUGCGGGUGAUUAAAAAAAUGACAAAAGUUGGAUAUCCCCACACUCCAAUAGGAAUUACACAUCACCUACAUAACUUGCAGGCCUGAUGUGGCCUGUAAACCAUGAGUUUCAGGAUUAUAUUUGUUCCUAAAGGGGUACAAACACUUAUCACCUGUGGUACCCUGUAAGGUCAUCCUUUGUACCUUUUUUAGUUAUAAGUGCAUAAUUGUACGUACCCCAGUUCAUACCUCAAGCCACAUCAGGGUUGCAAAAUUCCAGUGACCUUCCCAAAAUUCCAAGAUUUUCCAGGAAACUUCCACACAGAAUUUCUGGAGAACCUGGGAAUUUUGGGAAAGAAACCCCAAUUUUGGAACCCUACCUGCAAGUCACAUUAUGCUGGCUUGCAAAGUGAUGUGCAAUUCCUAUUGGAAUCCAGCCGGAGUUAGGAUAUCCAACAGUUGAACAAAAAAAUCACCUGCAACUUGCAUUCAGAAUGAGUGCCAGGAUUAGUAACAUUGUGAGGAGGCUACCUAAGGCAAAUGUGUCAAACUCAUUCCACGGAGGGCCGAGUGUCUGCAGGUUUUCGUUCCAGCCUUUAUUGAACACCAUUCCGCUUAGGGCCCCCAAAAGGCUAGGGCCGACUCUGACUGCAUGUGUGGGUAUGAAUGUGCGUAAGCAAACCCGCGAGACAAUGAGCCCCCACCCCCAUCAAAGUUGCCUAUCCCUGCCAUAGACACUUGUGAAGAGAUUGGAUAGUUUUAAAUCAAUAUGGUGCUUCCAACUUGUCCUCCUAAUAUGCUAGGUAGAAUAAAUCACCAUAUUGCUAAUACAUCUAUCCAACCCUUAAAUUAAAUUCCAAUAAAAAGUUGAAGUUCUGUUCUUUACCCUUUUUUAAUAGUUGAUCUGGGCACAAUGGAACUUAGUGAAACUGACACCGGUUUAACUACUUUGCAGAAAUGAAAGAGAGAUAAUCAUAUCGGUCUAAAUGAUCAUUCACAGUUAAUGUUUCAAACUCAACCAAGAGGAAAAAAAAAAUAUAUAUAUAUAUAUACUUGACUCAACAUUCCAUUACGUACAGUAUUCCUCAUUUUGUUGUUACAAAUUGAUUUCUCACCCAUCUACACACAAUACCCCAUAAUGGCAAAGUGAAAACAUGUCUUUAGAAUUGUUUUGCAAAUGUAUUGAAAAUGAAAUGCCUUAUUUACAUAAGUGUUCACACCCCCGAGUCAAUACAUGUUAGAAUCACCUUUGGCAGCGAUUACAGCUGUGAGUCUUUCUGUGUAAGUCUCGAAGAGCUUUGCAGACCUGGAUUGUACAAUAUUUGCCCAUUUUAUUAUUUUCAAAAUUCUUCAAGCUCUGUCAUUGGUUGUUGCUAGACAACCAUUUUCAGGUUUUGCCAUAGAUUUAAGUCAAAACUGUAUCUCGGCCACAUUCACUGUCUUCUUGGUAAGCAACUCCAGUGUAGAUUUGGCCUUGUGUUAUAGGUUAUUGUCCUGCUGAAAGGUGAAUUUGUCUCCCAGUGUCUGGUGGAAAGCAGACUGAACCAGGUUUUCCUCUAGGAUUUUGCCUGUGCUUGGCUCCAUUCCGUUUCUUUUUUAUCCUGAAAAACUCCCCAGUCCGUAACGAUUACAAGCAUACCCAUAACAUGAUGCAGCCACCACUAUGCUUGAAAAUAUGGAGAGUGGUGCUUGGUAAUAUGUUGUAUUGGAUUUGCCCCAAACAGAACACUUCGUAUUCAGGACAAAAAGUUAAUUGCCUUGCCACAUUUUUUGCAGUAUUACUUUAGUGCUUUAGGAUGCAUGUUUUGGAAUAUUUGUAUUCUGUACAGGCUUCCUUCUUUUCACUGUCAAUUAGGUUAGUAUUGUGGAGUAACUAGAAUGUUGUUGAUCCAUCCUCAGUUUUCUCCUAUCACAGCCAUUACACUCUAACUGUUUUAAAGUCACCAUUGGCCUCAUGGUGAAAUCCCCUGUUUCCUACCUCUUCGGCAACUGAGUUAGGAUGACGCCUGUAUCUUUGUAGUGACUGGGGGUAUUGAUACACCAUCCAAAGUGUAAUUAAUAACUUCACCAUGCUCAAAGGAACAUUCAAUGUUUGCUUUUUUAUUUUUACCAAUAGGUGCCCUUCUUUGCGAGGCAUUAAAAAACCUCCCUGGUCUUUGUGGUUGAAUCUGUGUUUGAAAUUCUCUGCUCGACUGAGGGACCUUACAGAUAAUUGUACAGAGAUGAGGUAGUCAUUAAAAAAAUUUGUUAAACCCUGUUAUUGCACACAGGGAGUCCAUGCAAGUUAUUAUGUGUUUUGUUAAGCAUAUUUCUACUCCUAAAGUUAUUUAGGCUUGCCAUAACAAAGGUGAUGAAUACUUAUACUUAAGACAUUUCAGCUUUACAUUUACAUUUUAGUCAUUUAGCAGACGUUCUUAUCCAGAGCGACUUACAGUUAGUAAGUGCAUACAUUUUUAAAUGUUUUAUUAAUUUCACUUUGACAUUAUGGGGUAGUGUGUAGGCCAAUGAUAAAAAAUCGCUAUUUAAUCAAUUUUAAAUUCAGGCUGUAACAACUGUAACAACAAUGUGGAACACGUCAAAGAGUGUAUACUUUCUGAAGGCACUGUAUUUACAGUACAUAAACAAAAGUAUGUGGACACCCCUUCAAAUUAGUGGAUUCAGCUAUUUUAGCCAUACCUGUUGCUGACAGGUGUAAAAUCGAGCACACAUCCAUGCAAUCUCCAUAGACAAACAUUGGCAGUAGAAUGGCCUUACUGAAGGGCCCAGUGACUUUCAACGUGGCACCGUCAUAGAAUGCCACACAAGCUCACAGAAAGGGACCGGCGAGUGCUGUAGCGUGUAAAGAUAAUUUGUCCUCCGUUGCAACACUCACUACCGAGUUCCAAAAUGCCUCGAAGCAACGUCGGCACAAUAACUGUUCGUCGGGAGCUUCAUGAAAUGUGUUUCCAUGGCCGAGCAGCCCAGCCGCACAUAAGCCUAAGAUCACUAUACGCAAUGCCAAGCAUCGGCUAGAGUGGUGUAAAGCUCGCCACCAUUGGACUCUGGAGCAGUGGAAAUGCGUUCUCUAGAGGGAUGAAUCACGCUUCACCAUCUGGCAGUCUGACGGACGAAUCUGGGUUUGGCGGAUACCAGGAGAAUGCCACCUGCCUCAAUACAUAGUGCCAAGGGCCCUUAGUUCCAGUGAAGGGAGAUCUUAACACUAUAGCAUACAAUGACAUUCUAAACGAUUCUGUGCUUCCAACUUUGUGGCAACAGUUUGGGGAAAGCCCUUUCCUGUUUCAGCAUGACAAUGCCCCCGUGCACAAAGCGAGGUCCACACAGAAAUGGUUUGUUGAUCAGUGUGGAAGAACUUGACUGGCUUGCACAGGGCCCUGACCUCAACCCCAUCGAACACCUUUGGGAUGAUUUGGAACGCUGACUGCAAGCCAGGCCUAAUUGCCCAACAUCAGUGCCCGACCUCACUAAUGCUUGUGACUGAAUGGAAGCAAGUCCCCGCAGCAAUGUUCCAACAUGUGGAAAGCCUUCCCAGAAGAGUGGAGGCUGUUAUAGCAGCAAAAGGGGGACCAACUCCAUAUUAAUGCCCAUGAAUUUGGAAUUAGUUGUUUGACAAGCAGGUGUCCACAUACUUUUGGUCAUAUAGUGUAUCUACUGUUUUUUUUUUAUCUACUAAUUUUGAGGCUGCUUAUUCUAAUGCUUACCCUAUAAUAAAGAUUUGGCACAUCAUUGUGCACGUUACACGUGAUAUAUAUAGAUAUACAGUACCAGUCAAAAGUUUGGACACACUUACUCAUUCAAGGGUUUUUCUUUAUUUUUAGUAUUUUCUACAUUGUAGAAUAAUAGUGAUCAAAAGCUGAAGAACACAUCCAGGUACUGUCCGCCGGUGCUGGAGUUGUAGGCAAAUUCAUGAAAAACAGAAAAGAAAACGCAGCACACUGCUGCUCACGCUCCCAGGUGAUAUCUAUUUAUAACAACAUUUCGACCCCUAGGUCAUCAUCAGGCAGCCAUAUCCCAGGUGGGGGUGGAAGGUCAUAUAUAUGGGCAGUACUCAGUGACAUUACUUCCUGAAACAGGAGGUAAAAAAUGUAUAACAUAGGUUCACAAUAUUAACAUUCAAUGUAUCAAAAUAUAUGAUCAUAUACAAGGAAUGCAAUCAAUAUUUACAGUAAUAUACAUACAAUAUUCACACAAUGUUCAAUUAGGAUCUUUUUUAAACACACAAUUUGGACAUAAUGAAACUAUAAAAACGGUUUAAAGUCAAACUCCUCUGAAUAAUAGUGAAGACAUCAACUAUGAAAGAACACAUGGAAUCAUAUAGUAACGAAAAAAGUGUUAAACAAAUCAAAAUAUAUUUUAUUUUAUUCUUCAAAGUAGCCACCUGGAAUGCUUUUCCAACAGUCUUGAAGGAGUUUCCACGUAUGCUGAGCACUUGUUGGCUGCUUUUCCUUCACUCUGCGGUCCAACUCAUCCCAAACCAUCUCAAUUGGGUUGAGAGUCGGGUGAUUGUGGAGGCCAGGUCAUCUAAUGUAGCACUCAUCACUCUCCUUCUUGGUCAAAUAGCCCUUACACCGCCUGGAGGUGUGUUUUGAGUCAUUGUCCUGUUGAAAAACAAAUGAUAGUCCCACUAAGCGCAAACCGGAUGGGAUGGUGUAUCGCUGUGGUAGCCAUGCUGGUUAAGUGUGCCUUGAAUUCUAAAUAAAUCACAGACAGUGUCACCAGCAAAGCACCAUCACACCACCACCUCCAUGCUUCACGGUGGGAACCACACAUGCAGAGAUCAUCCGUUCACCUACUCUGCGUCUCACAAAGAAACAGCGGUUAGAACCAAAAAUCUCAAAUUUGGACUCAUCAGACCAAAGGACAGAUUUCCACUGGUCUAAUGUCUAUUGCUCGUGUUUCUUGGCCCAAGCAAGUCUUCUUAUUAUUGGUGUCCUUUAGUAAUGGUUUCUUUGCAGCAAUUCAACCAUGAAGGCCUGAUUUUACAGUCUCCUCUGAACAGUUGAUGUUGAGAUGUCUGUUACUUGAACUCUGUGAAGCAUUUAUUUUGGCUGCAAUCUGAGUUGAAGUUAAUUGCCGAUUUCUGAGGCUGGUAACUCUAAUGAACUUAUCCUCUGCAGAUUAGGUAACUCUGGGUCUUCCUUUCCUGUGGCGGUCCUCAUGAGAGCCAGUUUCAUCAUAGUGCUUGAUGGUUUUUGCGACUGCACUUGAAGAAACUUUCAAAGUUCUUGAAAUGUUCCGGAUUGACUGACCUUCAUGUCUUAAAAUAAUGAUGGACUGUUGUUUCUCUUUGCUUAUUUGAGCUGUUCUUGCCAUAAUAUAGACUUGGUCUUUUACCAAAUAGGGCUAUCUUCGGUAUACCACCCCUACCUUGUCACAACACAACUGAUUGGCUCAAAUGCAUUAAGAAGGAAAGAAAUUCCACAAAUUAACUUUUAACAAGGCACACCUGUUAAUUGAAAUGCAUUCCAGGUGACUACCUCAUGAAGCUGGUUGAGAGAAUGCCAAGAGUGUGCAAAGCUGUCAUCAAGGCAAAGGGUGGCUACUUUGAAGAAUCUAAAAUCUCAAAUAUAUUUUGAUUUGUUUAACACUUUUUUUGGUUACAUGAUUCCAUAUAUUAUUUCAUAGUUUUGAUGUCUUCACUAUUAUUCUACAAUGUAGAAAAUAGUAAAAAUAAAGAAAAACCCUGGAAUGAGUAGGUGUGUCCAAAGUUUUGACUGGUACUGUAUAUCGUUCUAAAGUUAUCGGCAGUCACAAAAAGACAUAAACAUCUUGAUUCUGUUUAGCGGAGGGCUUCUGUGAAUGUAGGCAAAUUAUCUAACGACUCCCUUAGCUGUUGUACGAGUGGUCUGAGGCAGUCGGUAAAUAACGAGAGUUUUAGUGCAACUUGAGUAACUGAUGGGAAACAGCUCAGAGAUUUAACGAUGCACCUAUGAAGGUUCUUGGGAUGAAGCACCUAUGAAGGUUCUUGGGAUGAACUUAGCCUUAAGAUGCUUUUGGGAAACCCAGCUCUGGUAUGUUUACCACUUGUUUACCCUAGUCUUUAGUCAAAACUGGUAACAAAGCACAUAAGUUGAUGAUGUCACCUUGUUUUUGUUUGUCUCCCAUCAGCUCGCUGCAUCCUGUUCCUGAUCAUCUGGCUGGUGACGGGCGGACGCCACCACUUCUGGUUCCUGCCCAACCUGACUGCCGACGUGGGCUUCAUCGACUCCUUCCGCCCGCUCUACACGCACGAGUACAAGGGCCCACGGGACUACAGCAAGAAGAGCCCGGACAAGACCCCCGAUGCAGACGCGGCCAAGGCCCAGAAGUCAGACAGCGAGGAGAAGGUUGACGGUGGGGAGGAAGAGGAGGAAGCAGAAGGUGAAGGAGAGGUGGAAGGAGAAGAAGCUGAGGGCACAGCGCCGAAAGGGACGGAAGAAGGCGAGGCGACUGAGCGCCACUCAGACACGGACAGCGACCGGCGGGAGGAUGAGGGCUCGCAGCACAGCAACGGAAACGACUUUGAGAUGAUCACCCGCGAAGAGCUGGAGCAGCACACGGAAGAGGAAGAGGAACGGGAAAGAGGAGUGGAGGAGAAGGGAGAC